UGUGUGUGUGAGAUGGACACACGGUGUGAAACCCCCUCAUUGAAGGAGCUGGAGAGGAUUCUGUAUGGAGGGAAACGGAGCGGAAAUCAUGUGGACGAGGUCUGGCCCAACCUGUUCCUGGGAGACAUGUCGAUAGCUAAUGAUCGCUACAGCGUGUGGAAGCUCGGGAUCUCGCACGUCCUGAACGCUGCUCAUGGGAAAGCACACUGCCACGGCAGCCACGCGUUUUACGGCUCGUCCGUGGAGUACUACGGCGUUCCUGCAGACGACUUGCCGUCCUUUAAUCUCGCUUCUUACUUCCAGCCGUGUGCGGACUACAUCCAUCAGGUCCUGGAGUCUCCUGGAGCACGGUUGCUGGUGCACUGUGCAGUAGGUGUGAGCCGCUCUGCUUCCUUAGUCCUCGCCUAUCUAAUGAUCCACCACCGGCUCCCCCUGCUGGACGCCGUCAACACGGUCAAACAGCGCAGAUGGAUUUUCCCAAACCGUGGAUUUCUCCGGCAGCUCCGAGCUCUCGACAUGAGACUACGCAACACACAGACUCUAACAACCGCAUGAAGAGGAGUUUAUUGAUGAAAAGCUGUGUUUUCAUUUAUUUUUUUACCUUCAAAAGAGAGAUAAAAAACGGGUUGCUGAGAGAACCAGUGUGUAU